AUGUUUGAAAAUUUCGCGUCGACCUCGCGCUCGACGCUCGAGCGCGGCGCGUCGAGCGAACGCGAACGGCGACCGUUCGCGGAUUUGCGAAACGACGCGAGCGCGGGACGGGGGGACUCGGGCGCGUCGCGCGCGUCCACGGUGGAGCUGCGACGGGGCGCGCGAUGGGCGCGGGAUGAUUUCGUCGAGACGCCCGCGGCGCUGCGAAAGCGAGUGGAGUCGCUGGACGCGUUCGGGACGGUGCGAAGGACGGAGGACGCGACGCCGGCGAGCUUCGCGGCGGAGACGACGACGGACGGAGGACGAAUGACGGAGGAGUUCGAUCGGAAGCGGGCGCUGACGCCGUAUUACGGCGAGAUGCGAGGCGAGCGAGUGGCGUGCGGGGUGGUGCAGACGCCGGAGACGGAGAGCGUGGGAGAGGCGAUGCGGCGGGAGACGCGGCGGCGCGCGGAGGCGAGCGAGGGGUACGGAGCGCGGGGCGCGGUGCUGGAGGUGUUGUUGUGGCGAGACGCCGCGCGAUCGGCGAUUCAUUUCACGAUUGGGAUGACGAUGUUGUUGUUCGUGCGUCUCGCGCCGCGGUCGACGGUGAGUGGGGUGAGUUUGACGGCGUACGCGUCGAUGGCGUACUUGGCGUACAAGUACGUGUGGGCGGUGAUGUUUCCGCGACUGUCGUACGGUUUAGAGCUGAACGAUCGCGCGGUGGGAGAUAUGGCGCAGCGGUGGGCGAUUUCAUUCAACGCGUGGGCGUCCAGACACCGAGGCGUGCUCGCGGGACGGGACAACAGCGCCGUGUUUCGAACGUUUCUCGCGUUGUACGCCGUCAGCGCGCUCGGGCACGUCAUGUCCGCGUGGGCCGUCGCCACGACGCUCUGGGUCGGCGCGUUCACCGUGCCUCCAUUUUUCGACGCGUAUAGAUACUCGAUCACCAACGCCUACGUCACCGCUCACAUUUUCACGUCCUCUCGCUUCAACGCGCUGAGCGCGCCGAAGCGUUGGAUCGGCGGUUUACUCCUCGGCGCCUUCGCCUUCGCCUCGGUCAACGUCAAGGCGAGAUUUUGUCUCUCCUUCCUCGCCCUCGUCGCCUUUCGCAUGUUCCGCGAAACGCACGUCAAGGAGCUCGCGGCGUUCGAGAACAUCGUCCGAAGCGCCAGCCGUCGAGUGUCCCGCAGCAUGAACGAGUUCGCCAUGAUUUUAUCCCCCGCCGCGCGCCACCGCCGAUGA